UUUCUUACAAAAACCCUAGACAAGAAGUUGCUAGCUACUAGUUCAAUGGCUGUUCAGAGCCCCACUUUCAGCGAAGCUCAAGCUUCGAAGAAUGUUUUGAAUGGCCAUUUCUUUGUAUGGAGAGAGUUUGUGUGGGGAGCUGUCGCGGGUGCUUUUGGGGAAGGAAUGAUGCAUCCGGUGGAUACUAUUAAAACUAGAAUACAAAGUCAAGCUAUUCUAAAUGGAGUUCAGAACCAGAAAAACAUACUGCAGAUGGUGCGAUCUGUCUGGCAGCUUGAUGGAUUCAGAGGCUUUUACAGGGGUGUAACACCUGGUAUUACUGGAUCUCUUGCAACUGGUGCAACAUAUUUUGGUGUCAUAGAGUCCACAAAAAAGUGGAUUGAGGAUUCACAUCCUAGCCUUAGGGGCCAUUGGGCACAUUUCAUUGCUGGAGCUGUUGGAGACACUCUAGGUUCUUUUGUGUAUGUUCCAUGUGAAGUGAUCAAGCAACGCAUGCAAAUUCAAGGCACAAUUACAUCUUGGAGUUCUGUUGCCAUGAAGGAUGGAAUUGCAAUGAAACCUAGCACACAAAUGUAUGGUUAUUAUACAGGGAUGUUCCAUGCUGGCAGCUCAAUAUGGAAAACGCAGGGCUUAAAGGGCAUAUAUGCAGGAUAUUUGUCUACACUGGCAAGGGAUGUUCCAUUUGCUGGCCUAAUGGUCAUGUUCUAUGAAGCUUUGAAAGAUGUUACAGAAUAUGGGAAGCAAAGAUGGAUACCUAGCCCAAAUUGGCAUGUCAAUAAUACAUUUGAGGGGCUUGUUUUAGGAGGAUUAGCUGGUGGUCUCAGUGCAUACCUCACCACUCCUUUGGAUGUUGUUAAAACAAGACUGCAAGUGCAGGGUUCAACUUUGAGGUAUACUGGUUGGUUGGAUGCAAUUUGCAAUAUAUGGGCUACGGAAGGCGUGAAGGGGAUGUUUAGGGGUAGCAUUCCCAGGAUUACGUGGUAUAUUCCAGCUUCAGCGCUUACAUUCAUGGCUGUGGAAUUUCUCAGAGAUCAUUUUAAUGAAAGAGUGCCCAAUGAUAAUUUACGAGAUGUUGCUAGAUUAUCAGUAGACAAGAAGAAAUCUCUGCAGGAGGUUGCUUAAAGUUCUGCCAGAUUACAUGGUACUUCCCAUCCAAAUUUUUGCCAAGAUGGGAGGUUAGAUCCCCAAUAUUGUAAACUUUGGUCCAUUUCUGCUCAUUCAUUCAGUUUGGCUCAUCAGUCAGACUGGUGAAUAAUUGUCUUUGUAAAUUGGAAAUUUGCUUCUGGUAACUAAGACCAUGUGAUGGUAAUUUUUUUUUUGUACAGAUUCACUUUUACAUACCCUU